GCAGAGAGAGAGAGCCGGACUCAUCCAGGAUGCUAACCUCCUGUAGCUCCGGAGCUGCUGCUCCUCUCCAGCUGUCAACACACAGCACAACACAGCCAGGCGGAGCUGCAGCUCUGCGGCUCAUAGCUCCACUAGACAGAGCCACAAACCCACUGAACAGAGACACCGACUGGAGCAGCAUCCAUGCCUUCUGUGACCAGCUCAACAAUGAUUUGGAGGGACCUCAGCUGGCCACCCGGCUCCUGGCCCACAAGAUCCAGUCUCCACAGGAGUGGGAGGCCAUGCAGGCCCUGCUGGUUCUGGAGACGUGUAUGAAAAGCUGUGGCAAAAGGUUUCACAAUGAAGUUGGCAAGUUCCGUUUUCUCAAUGAACUUAUUAAAGUAGUUUCUCCAAAGUACCUGGGCUCACGGUCACCAGAACCAGUAAAAAAGAAGGUUUUGGAGUUGAUCUUCAGCUGGACUUUGGGGUUACCCGAUGAAGCCAAGAUCUCCGACGCCUAUCAGAUGCUGAAGAAACAAGGUAUUAUUAAACAAGACCCAGAGCUGCCACCUGACAAACUACUGAACCUUCCUCCACCCAGACCCAAGAAUGCCAUUUUUGAGGACGAGGAGAAGUCAAAAAUGCUGUCUCGCCUGUUGAACAGCUCCCACCCCGAGGACCUGAAAGCUGCCAACAAACUCAUCAAGGAAAUGGUCCAAGAGGAUCAGAAGCGAGCAGAGAAGGUGUCAAAGCGGGUGAACGCCAUUCAGGAGGUGAAGGAGAGCGUCACCCUGCUGACUCAGCUUCUGCAGGACUACGACAGCACCGCCGACAAUCAGAGCAACGCUGAACUCUUACAGGACCUGUACCAACGCUGUGAGAAAAUGAGACCUACACUGUUCAGACUGGCGAGUGAUACGGAGGACAACGACGAGGCUCUGGCUGAGAUCCUGCAGGCCAACGACAGCCUGACGCAAGUCAUCAACCAGUACAAACAGCAGGUGAAGGGGGAGAUAGUGAACGGCAACAACACAUUGAACACACAGAAGCAAACAGGAGGGACGGCACUGCUAGAUCUGUCGGGACUGGACACAUCACCACAGUCGCCUCCGUCUUUCCCAGAGUUCCCCACUCCGACAGACAGCCUCAACGCCCCCUCGCAAGAGAUGGGGAUCAGUCUCCUCGACGACGAGCUCAUGUCACUCGGUUUAAGUGAAGGAACACACACCUCCAAUCCUCCCUCACAGCCUGAGGACUCUACAGCCUGGGACUCCUUCCAGUCCUCUGACAGCAUAGACGCAGACAUCCCAGCAGCACCCAGCCUCCUCCUGAGUCCGGACCCGCCCUCUCAGCCCCUUUCGUCCGGCUCCACCCCCGGGAACUCGGCCCUGGACGAGCUAGACAUGCUGGGGAAGACACUGAUGCAGCAGUCCCUGCCUCCGGAGGGCCUGCAGGUCAAAUGGGACAAGCAGCAGUGCAAACCGACUCUGCGUGAUCUCCAGAGCAAGUCCGGGUGCAACAUCACCCCGAAUCCCAUCCCAACCUUCGCCGCCGAACAUCCCGCGCCUCUCCUCAACUCGACGUUGCUGGACAUGUCCCCGACUCACACCGAGACUCCUCCUGCAGAAGUCACCCUGACUGAUGUUUUUGUACCGCUAGAAUCCAUUAAGCCCAGUAGUCUGUUACCUGUGACUGUGUUCGACGGACACAGUCUGCGGGUUCUCUUUCACUUCGCUCGCGACUCGCCUCCGUUUCGUCACGAUGUGCUGGUGGUGAUCAUCUCCAUGUUGUCAUCCGCUCCCGUCCCCGUCAGCAACAUAGACUUCCAGACCACGGCUCCAAAGUCUAUGGCAGUGAAGCUGCAGCCCCCAUCAGGAACAGAGCUCCCAGCCUUCAACCCUAUCCUCCCCCCUGCUGCUGUCACACAGAUCCUGCUGCUCGCAAACCCAAACAAGGAGAAAGUGCUGCUGCAGUACAGCCUAACCUUCACCAUGGGAGAGCAGGAGCACAGCGAGAGCGGCAGUCUAGAACACUUUCCUCCUCCAGAGACGUGGGGGAACCUAUAGCAUUGAAACACAACCACAAACCUGACAGACUCUCUCUGCUUUCAGACUCCGCUUCCUUCCUAAAACCAACUCUCCAACUCCACACUCUGCACACACCCGUUUUCCUUUCUAAACACAUUGUACUUUCUUUGAUUGGUAUCGAUUCUUUUUCCUUGGAUUACGCUCAUGCUCAGUCAGUGUAACGUGUGUAUGCUUUUGCUCUAAAUGAGUCGUGUGUCCAGUCUGCUGUAUGUGGCUGCUUUAAAACAAACCUGCAACACGCUUCCCCCCCAAAAGCUGUUGCAGUCUUGUCAUAUUGGUUUUAACAGACGGUGAUACGAAGGACGAAAAACAUCAAACGUGUGCAUAUUUGUUGGUGUGCCUGUUUUUCACGUCUGAAUCACUUUAUCAGUUGCGUUUACCUUCACCUCUGCAUGCUCUUCCAACACCGCUCGCAAAAUCCAGCACACCAAGAGAGAAAGGACGUACUGUAAGCGCAUUACAUAGACGCAGCUCAUCUUAGUUUGCAAAACAAAUAAUCAACAUGUUGUGGUGUGUAUUUCGUAAUGAGUGAAUAUCGCUCAUAAUUUCUUUCGCAAUGACUGAGUCCACUUUUUUGAUUUGCACAGAUUUUUUUUUUUUGAUUGUACUGUUUUCCUGUCUUUUCCCAUCUUGCGUAAAGAACAGAUUUACUGUAACAUCAGAGUUGUUUAUCAUCUGCCAUAUGUGCCUAUUUUGCAGUUUCUAGCAUUAUUUAACUGUUAGUGCGUUUGUUUUUCCUCAUCUGUUACACAUCAGUCAUAUUGGGUCUGUCUCAGCUACAGAUCAGCUACAUUAUAACCUUAAAUUCUUAAUAUAUUCAAAGCAUUUCCGUAGGGUAUAAGUUACAUUUACUAAUCUUUUCUUUAGCUUGUGAUUUAAGUUGAUAUUUCAGCAUUUAUUGGGUAAAACUGAGAUGAAAACAGGUGUUUGGCUCAAGCAGGUUCAACUUGUUUCUACAGUGUGCGAUGCAUGUCAGCCAAGCUGAACACUUCCUCCUCCCCACAGGCUCUCAAUCACAUUCCGCUGCACUAAUCUCCAAUACGACUGCUUUGUAAAUACCAAUGAUGGCAGUCCUGUUAUGUUCAUUUGACUUGUGCAAGAGCAUAACACUGGUAAAAUAUUCCAAAUGGGUAAUAAAGUUUUUUUUUUCUUGGUGA